AUUCUAUUUAAUGCACAUUUAUUCUAAUAAGAGCUCGAGUUACUUUGUUGAGUCCAAUAGCUUGUGCUUUGCGCUUGCUAGUAUGUUGUAUAGAUGUCUGGACAGUCAAUGGGGCCAUCUAAACUGUUUAUAAUAUCUAUCAUCAUCUUCAUCGAGCUACUAGCACCAACAUUGGAAUCAAAGCAAGAAACAGCAAUCAACGAUACCACCAUGCAGAACAAGUACAACAGUCAUGCAACAAUAGAUGAAAGAGACUGUAUACCGAUCAGUGAGGAGAAGGGAAGCUCCUGUCAUCAAGUGGUCCUCUAUCAGCCAGUGUUCCCUGUCUUGCAACAAGACGAGCGACAGUUUGAUAUUGUAGGCAAAAAAUGGAUUAUCCGCCAGCAGUGGGACCAGAUAGGACUCUCAGCUGUCAUCUGGGAAGCGGCGAUUGCUCUAACUGAGUAUCUCGAGACACAGGGGCCUUCUCUGCUGACAGGACGGAGUGUGAUGGAGCUGGGAGCUGGUACAGGCUUAGUCGGAAUGGUGGCCAGUUCAUUAGGUGCUCAAAGGGUUGAGAUAACAGACAAAAACAUAGCGUCAGCCCGAUCUAAUCUAAAGUUGAACAGUGAAAAUAUCCAGAGAAAUAGUGUGAGCGUCCUGGAACUGGAAUGGGGAGUAACAGAUCUAUGUUCAUUCCAAGCUCCUUAUGAUGUCAUACUGGCAGCUGAUGUGAUUUACAUUGAGGACACAUUUCCUGCUCUCCUGGACACUCUUUGGGAGCUCAGCUCAAAUGAAACUCUGAUUCUACUCUCUUGCAAGAGACGUUACGAUCGAGACGACAGAUUCUUUGAGUUGGCUGAGAAAACACAGCAAUUCAAGUAUGAAAUCAUUAUGAGAUGGACAAAGUCAGACAAUGUCACAAUAUAUCGCCUUGUUAAAAACUUUGUAGAUACAAAAUAAUAGUGAAA